AUGGCUACUAAAACAGCUUCUCCAAAGACCCGAAAACCUAAAGUUAAUAACUUUGUAUUGGUCUUGAAGCAGUUCCUAGAAAAGCACAAUCUGACGGCUGACUCUACUCCAGAACAAUUAAAUGAACAUGCUCCCAAACUCGAUGUAAUACUUCCUGAUUGGAUGGCUCGCAGGUGUGUUAAAGUCGCUCUUGCCAGAGAGAAAAGGGCAAAAUAUUGCGCUAAAAUCGGCGAUGCUAUGGACAUUUUCACUCAUCAUUUAGAUUUAGGCCCAAAAAAUAAUUAUGAAAAUAAAAUAGUUGCCAAUCCAAAACUUAUUCAAGAGUCUAAUAAAAUUCAGAAAAAACAAACUAAAAAACAAAUGGCUAAUCCGGAUAGAAUUUCAAUACACUUCUCGUUAGCAAGAGUGCUUAAAAGAAUUCAGAAUAUGGAUGUUUUUAAAAUUCCAUCUAAAGAAGAUCUCGCGGAUGUAAUUGUGAUAUUGAGUAUGAGACCUGCAGAAAAGAGCCUGGAAUGCACCAGAGAAUUACUCACCUGGAUUCAAAAUGCAAUCAAGGCAAAAAAGUUGCGUGAUCCUGUCUUUACAGAAAAUGAAACGCGUAAUGCCUGGCUAUUUAACGAAUUCUUAAAACAAGAACCUUAUAGAACUAUACCUAAAAAAUUAAGAGAUUAUGGAAGUAAACAUGCUUCCAGAAUUCAUGGUG